AAUAUUUAACUGAAUGGGAUUUAGGGUUUAUUGGGUUAAUAUUGAAAUUGAAACAAACAAAUAAAAUAAGGGGCUAUUUAGAGGGGAUAUUUUGGAAGAGUAAAAAAAUAAUUAAGAGUAGGGGGAGAGGAGGGUGAACUGGUGGUGGGGUCUAUAAAUACUAAAUAGAGCCCUUGAUAAAAACCCCAGUCGUCGUCCUUCGAAUCCUCGGCGUGGAAAGCAACCAACAAACUCCGCUCUUUUGGCGACGGCGAUGGAUCGGCAAAUCCAGGAAAUCGGCUAUUCUACGGCGUCGCGGCCGCUGGAGUAUCGCGGAGGCGAAACUCCUCAGCGAGGCUUCUGGCUGGACGAAACGCGGCGGCAAACCCCUCUGAUCUCAUCAAACAUUCAGGAUUACGAUCAAGCUAUUGAAUCAGCCUUCUUGAGGAUGAAUCUUUCGGAGGAGUACAAGCCCCAUUAUCAAACGCCGUCGUUUCACGGCCUUCCGGAGACUCUUGAUGACGUAGCCUUGGGCGAAUCAGUUCAUCGGCCAAUGGCGUGCGGUGAAAGACAGCGGGCUUUGGGUUGGGCUCACCAUCCGAGGAAUAACGGUGCUGUCAAUGGGCCUUUCAGUUUGUUUGGGCCCCACGAAAGUGUGCCUGUGGGCCCGGAUGCUGUAGGCUUUCCGGGGACAGGCCCAAAUAUCGGCGCAGGGAAUCCUCUGGAGAUGCUGAGGCAGGCACAUGGAACACAUCUCGCCUGUGGUACAUACCAAUCUCCUUUGCAUGGCAAGCAACCCCUUUCCAGGAACGUCCGCAAUAAUUUUCCAGCAUCGCUACCUGCCCAGCAGAGCAAAUUUUACGUUUCUGAGCCUUCUUUGAUGCAUAAUAAUAUGACUCACAUGAACUUUAUGCCCCAACAAUUCACUGUUGAACAAAUUAGGGGGAACUUGUAUGCAUUAGCAACUGAUCAAGUGUGGAGUGGGGCUUUGAACUUUAAAUUAGAGCAGGAGUUUAGUGAGGCAGACACUGAGAUGAUUUUACCAGAGGUCAUGCAGAAUUUAACUGAGUUAAUGAGGAAUCAGUUUGGGAGUCAAUUUUUUCAGAAUUUUUUUGCGGCAUGCAAUGAGAAUCAGAGAACUAGGAUAAUGAUGUCCCUCUCCAAGGCUCCUUUUAAGCUAAUCAGUAUUUGUCUCAAUCCGCACGGGGGUAGAGCAAUUCAGAAAUUGUUUGAGAAGCUGAGUCCCAAUCAAAUCCUCCUGGCUGCUUCUGCUCUAAGCUUUGGUGCUGUGGUCUUGGCCACUGACCCCAAUGGUCAGCAUGUUAUACAACACUGUUUGAGAAAUUUUCCAGUCCAAGUGAAUGAGCAUAUUUUCAGGGAAAUAGCAAACAACUGUUAUAAAAUUGCAACCAACAAAAGUGGAUGCUGUGUGCUUCAGUCAUGCAUAGAGAACUCGACUGGGGAAGCAAGAGAACAAUUGAUAGCUGAGAUAAAGGAAAAUGCAUUGGACCUAGCACAAGAUCCUUAUGGAAACUAUGUGGUGCAACACUUGAUUGGAUUGAAGAUGCCUGGAGUUAUAACUGACCUUGUAAGGCGAUUCCAAGGAUGUUUUGCAUCUCUCUCCUGCAAUAAGUAUGCCAGCAAUGUGGUGGAGAAGUUCUUACAGGAAUCUGGAGAAAAUCACAUCACAGAAAUCAUCUUGGAACUGCUUGAGAGCCCAACUGCCUCGGUGCUUCUUACUGAUCCUUAUGGGAAUUUUGUCAUUCAGUCAGCAUUGUCAAAUGGACAGGGUCAUGUCCGUGAUACUUUGCUUAAUUUCAUCCAAGCAAAUGCACCCUCUAUGCAGAGCAACCUCUAUGGCAAAAAAAUCCUUGCUUGGUUUGAAAAGAGGAGAUCCCGCACAGCGUAGAUGUGUACAAAGCUAAGAUGAGCACCUGGAAAACCCACCUCGAUGUGCAUUUUCAUUCCUCCUGUUGUGCUGUCAUAGCAUACCCCCAGUUAUUGUUAAUUCUAAUAAUUUCCUAAGUAUUGUGUAGGUCUAGAUUUUCUUUUAUUCCUUUUUUUUAAAAAAAACUGAACUUCAUGUGGAAAUAUAGCGAGGAUGUUGUACAAGAAGUUAACCAUUAGAAGGCUGUUGAAUGUGGAGACAGCUGCCAUAAUAAUCUCUUGCAGAAAUAUUGCAGCACCGUUUGUGUAUUCCAAAACUUUUGUAUGUUGUGACUUUUGCCUGUACAUAGUGUUUAGUGCCUUCUUUCCGACUGCUCGUCUCUCCCUAUCUUCUGUUAUUCUACGUGCCUAGAAUAACAGAAAAUAGAGCUCCGUUUAGUCAGAAGUUUUGGAAUUUUGGGAGAUCUUGCUGUUGCUUACUUAUAUGGACACUGAGUUUUAAUUUUGUAAAGAACAUGCAGUUUUUGGCUUUGAAAAA